AUGGCUCAUGGUUCAACACCCAUGGCCCAUGAUGUGCCCGCCGUCCUCCGAGCGGAAGAUGUAGGAAGCAUAUACUUACUUACUCCGUACUUCCUUGCAGUAAGUAUAUCACUCUACCAAGGAGGAAAAAAGAAGAAGGAAAAAGAAAAAAAGAAAAGAAAAGCGAGUCCCAUGCUUCUGAGGCUCUUUCGAGAUGCUGUCGAGAUGAUGAUGUCUUGGUCGUCGUCGUCGUCGUCGGCGUCGGUGCUUAGGGGGAAAAGGGGGGGGCGGUCCUGGACAGGGGAGAGAAGAUGCUUCGCCCCAAUCAGACGCCGACAAGACAUCGCAUCGGCCAUGUGCAUUGAUGAUUAUGAUUAUGAUGCUGAUAAUAAUGAUGGUGAUGGCGAUGGCGAUGAUGAGCUAGGGGGCGCAGGACGUUAUCCUUACUAUCAUUCGCUUCAUGCAUGCACGUUGACUCCGGCCAUAGAAGACGCUGCUAUUGCUUGCUGCUGGAGAAAGACGGAGGAGAACUAG